AUGGCCUAUCCAUUCCAGAAGAUGUGUACCUUUCCUGGCUGCGAUCGGAAGACUCGAGGGCCUGCCGCCAUGUGCACGGAACUAUGUGAAGCCUUUCUCUGUCCGGCACAUCGCAAGCCAGAGUUUCAUCCGUGUCUACUUCUCACGGGCAUCACGACUAUGAAAGAGCAGGCAGACCUAUGGGCGACAGCCUCCAUUCAAGAUUGGGUCAUGCUGCACGAGAGCAUGAGCAGAGAAGCCAUCGAGGGCGAAGCAUCAAGGCUUAGACCAGGGCAUUCAUGUGUCUUGAAUGCACCUCAAGAUGGGACCGUUGGAAUGUUCCUGUUGGAGCAGGCGACAACGGACGAGGACAACCUCAGACUAACUGAGCUGUGGAGGUCCUGGACGCCUUUGGAGACCGGUGGUAUGAGCCAUUUCAAUCAUCACUAUCAAUUGACUUUUGACGAUGGAGUCAAGUGGAUGCUGCGGUGCAAGAGGUUACGAGCCGAUCGACCUGCGUCAGACUACAUCUUGUUUGCGGUCAUGAAAUCCGAAAUCCAAACGAUGGAUUUUCUGCGCGAGGCGGGUCUCAAGAUUCCAAAGGUUUAUCGUCCAUCUGGCACAAUCAAGGCUCCUAUCACGGAGAAACACCGCUGGCGAAUGUACUUUUUCUCCGAGUACAUCACGGCGACAAAACUUCCUCUGCAAGUGUUUCCAGUGACGAUGAAGGAAGACCGUUUGAAGGGCUUGUCACUGACAGUGGCCAAGCAAGUCGUCCGAUUCUACGCAGAGCAGAUGAUCUUGAUCAGUCAUAAACCAUUCUCAGCCAUGGGUAGCUUGUACCCCGGGAAAGACGGGGGACCCGCUUACGUCGGACCCAUGAUUGACCCGUGGAUUGGAUUUAGGAAGAAGCCUUAUUUUUACGGGCCUUUCACACAUCCUCGAGAUAGAUGGUUGACAUUUAUCAAUCAUCAAUUGGAUCUGGCCCUGAAUCAUCACGGUUUCAAUGGAGAUCCAAUUGAUAAUUACCUUCUCUUGAGGGAUCUUAUGGCAGUCAUCGAAGAAUGGAAGGAACUUGACAAGCCUGCAACUGAGUUCUACGUGAAACAUGUGGACUCAAAAGGUGACAUGCUCUUUAUCGAACCGGAUGGCAGCAUUGCGGCAUGGAUCGACUGGGAAUGGGCGAUUGUCAGGACGAAAGAAGAGGCUUUUGCCGCGCCGCUCUUAAAGGACACGUACGAGGAGUUGGGAAGAUCAGAUUUAGCCGCAUGCGUCAAGAAGGGCUUCUGCUACCCUUCUCUUAUCGAAGUCUGCUCUGCUUUUGGGCCGGACCUUCGUCCAGCUUACGAGUACAAAAAGGUCAGGGGUCUCCUACUUGGAACAGGAGGCGGGACCAAGGUAUCGAUCAAAGCUGCCAAGGAAUGGCUGCAAGGGCUGAGGCAGACGUAUCGGGAUGAUCCAGGGUAUCAGCAAGUAUUAGCGAGUCAAGGCAGGAUGAGCGAAGCUUCAGUAAUUUUGGAAGCGUCUUCGAGUAACCCCACAAAUGCAUAG